UUUUUUAUUUUACGUAUAUCUUUUCGACAAAAAUAAGCGGAGUACUUUGCCAUUUCAAACAUGCAAAUAUCAUUCUAUUCAUUCCUCUUUAAAUAAUUGUCCAGUCACUCGGUUAUAAUACGCUACUCAUUCCACCCGCUUUCAGUUUAAACUUUGAACCAUUCCAUAUAUAUAUACACACACACAAAAGAAGAAGAAGACAGCAGCCCCACAUCCUAAACAAACCUAAAACCAACCGAAACACCAAAAACAGUUACUCACACACAACACCAAUAACUUAAACACCCGAUUUCUUUCUUCAUCUUCUUUUUGUCUCUCUCUCUUCUUUCACGAUGGCCACGCUCCAAUCGGAGCAGCUGAAGCAGCUCAAGGAAAUCUUCAUGCGCUUUGACAUGGACUCGGACGGAAGCCUUACCCAGCUGGAGUUGGCGGCCCUUCUCCGCUCCAUUGGCCUCAAGCCCUCUGGCGACCAGCUCCACGUCCUGCUGGCCAACAUGGACGCCAACGCCAACGGCACCAUCGAGUUCGACGAGCUCCUCGGCGCCAUCUUGCCCGACAUGAGCAAGCAGGUGCUCAUCAAUCAGGAGCAGCUCCUGGAGGUUUUCCGUUCAUUCGACCGAGACGGAAACGGCUACAUCACCGCCGCCGAGCUCGCCGGCUCCAUGGCCAGAAUGGGUCACCCUUUGACCUACAACGAGCUCUCCCAGAUGAUGCGCGAGGCCGACACCAAUGGGGACGGCGUCAUUAGCUUUAACGAGUUCUCGACCAUAAUGGCCAACUCCGCCUCCGAUUUUCUUGGCCUGAAGGUCGCACAGCCACCUUGGCCGGAGAGAUCAUAGCAUGAUUUGGUUUUGUCCACCCUUUUUCACGUCUUUUUCUCAGUUUUUCAUGGAGUCGUAAUUAGCUCAUGAUCAACUACAUAUAUGAAAUUCUUAUUAAUUUCUUGCCUAAAUUUAAUUUGAAGGCGUACUUCAUGUAUCAUCAUCCAUCUCUUCCAUAACUUAAAAGACACAUGUAUAAAUUCAAG